AUGGACGAGGAAGAGAAGCGUGCUUUAUUUCGAGAUUUGAGAGCUCGGUGCGCUGCACUCCCCUCAGCAGAAGCAUCUUCUGCUUCCGCGUCAGAUGACAUCGACUCAUCCGCUACAGAGAGCCCACCUGCAUCACUGGUUCACCCUCCUGAUUUUGUGCCAUCAGGCGUGGAGAACGCUUGUGGACCAUCAAUAGCAUCUUCAGACGCCGAGACAAUCGAACCUGAAGACUACGAACAGUCGUCGUUCCCGACGAAGCACCAAGCCUCAGCUGCGGUCACAGUAUCCAGCGUUGGAGAAAUAGAGCCGCCAUCUCCAUCUUCAUCGGCGGAGACAGUGCCCCCUCCAUCUCCUGGCACUCUUGCGCGUUACCAGCUGGCAUCCGACUCCCCUUUUCCUAGUUCAUCGACAGCUGCUGAACCAGCAUCUGUGCGGCCAGUGUGUGUCGCGAUAGAUGAUGUCGACAUAGAUGCGUGGGACGCCCAACAGCGUAUCGAAAAAGAACGCAAAGAGGAUCAGACUCACUGUCUUGCUGGGUCAUAUCCAAAGUUGGCUCGGGGUAAAUUUAAGUUUGCGGCCGAACUGGUUGAGGGUAGUCAAGCUCAAGACAUCUACCUGUCGGACAAAGAAAAGAGGGAUGAUGGUAGGAACUUUGGUGUUUUGCCGGUUGCGAUUUGGAAGUUCUUGAGUUCGUAUCAGAGGGAUGGGAUUACUUUCAUGUAUCGAUUGUUCGAGCGCGGCAGGGGUGGGCUCCUGGCGGAUGCAAUGGGCUUGGGCAAAACCGUGCAAACAGUAUGUUUUUUGGGAGCGGCGUUUUCAAUAUGGGAUCGCCCUAACCGCGAACAGAAUGAUAACACUUUGGAAGAUGCACCGAAGAUUUUGGUGGUUGCCCCAGCAUCUGUAAGAGAAAAUUGGCAGAAUGAGUUCGCGACCUGGACACCUUUCCGCACACAAUUUUACGACCGGGCUCAUGAGCCUAGCAUUUCUCGGAAGUUGGGACAUGGCGCCGUUGAUGUGCUAAUAGCAGGGACUCAUCUGAUAUCGAAGUACGUUGGGGGAUUUUUUUCUUCUCCGUGUGGAAUGAACCGUGCAUGGAAGUGGGAUGUUGUCAUUGUCGACGAGAUUCACAUCGCAAAGAACAAGAACACAAAGAUAUACGAGGCGCUAAAAGAGAUCCCCCAUACGGUUAUGUUUGGGCUCACGGGGACAGCAGUACAGAACAGACUGAAGGAGCUCUGGAAUGUUAUGAGCUUGGUUGUUCCGGAACGGCUAUGGCCGGACAUGAGGAGCUUUAAAAAUGACUAUAUUGACGUGAUCACGAAAGGCACAAAAAAGGAUGCGUCCCACUAUCUGAAGCAGAGGGCCUCUGAACGUAUCACUGUUCUGCGGAAACUUCUCGCUAAGCACAUCGUCCGACGACCGAAGAGUAUUAUUGAAUCUCACUUACCGGGCAAGACUGACUAUUGCGUGUUAAUGCGUAUGAACAGGAACGGGUUGCAAGGCUAUAUGUAUCAGCGUUUUCAGAACAGCUACGAUGUGAAGCUUUUGCGAGACGCCAGGAGGCCAUGUGAUUGUGGGAGUAUGGAAAUAUCAAAGGAUUGUUGCCACAGAUUUCCUUCGACUGAGGAAAAUAUGCGAGAUGCCCCGAUUUGGGAUAUGCAUCAUAAGGGAAGGGGUCCUUGUGAGCGCUGCCCGAACUGCAUUUGCUUGUAUCUCCAGCACUAUUCUCGGUGUUUGGCUGCACAUGCUCUGCUAAUCAUGCCUGAGGAUGAUGAGGUUGAUCCAGAGAAAUCCGCCUUUCGGAGAAGAUUAUUUAAAUAUUAUCUCGGCAAGUAUUGCAACCGAGCUCUAGGUCCACUUUUCAGCCUGGAACAAGAUGCUGACGUUUCUUGCAAACUGAACGUUGCGUUGCGGCUGCUGAAGUCUUACGAGGCCUCAGGACACAAGACGAUAAUAUUUUAUGAGAGUUUACGCCUUGGAUCGAUUUUGCAGCGCUGGGCGACCAACAAGGGUCUCAUUUUUGAGGUAAUUGACGGGAGUGUGCACAAAGACGAUCGACAGGGUGCGGUUGAUCGCUUCAACAGUAAUGCGGUGUGUUCCGUUUUUUUCAUCUCCAAGAAAGCCGGGGGGACCGGUCUAAAUAUUUGCGGUGCAGACAGAGUACUUAUAUUCGAGCCGUGUUGGAACCCGACGAUCGAUCUUCAAGCCGGCGACAGAGCACAUCGACUUGGUCAAAAGCGAGUGGUUCAGAUCAUAAGGCUUGCAGUUGAAAAUACCAUUGAGCACUACGUCUUCAAAACCGCCAUAUCAAAGUCUCAAGUCAGCAGUGCUAUUCUCGAUAACACGAAGGAAGAAUGGCAUGUGAAGGAACAUGAGGUUGGGACCAUGCAAGCGAUGCUUUGCAUGGGGAACGUUUUCACCGACAAUGAGAUGCCUCAGGAUGAGUUUCGGGUAGUCGAAGCGGCCCGGUUGUUGGAUGACGACGGGAAAUUGGCAAAACAUAUGAGAUUGGAAAACGGCUCAAGUGUAGAGAGUUCGGACAACAAAGCAGUGAAAGGGGAUGGGCAGGCUCAGGAUGAGAUUGACGUUUUGGGCGACUCAGUUCUAUGUUCACUUGACGUCAACGUUGAAGACAUAUCCAUGGAUGUAGAUGACAGUUUUAUCAGCGCGACGGAUCGGGUCGCUCCGCAAUUCGAGAGUUCCCAGAUGGAAACUGACAUUGUGCUCCAGGAAGGCGGUGCCAGCAACAAGAUUGUUAUGGAGUCAACUAGUGCUCGAAAACGAAAGCGCCAAGUCAUGGGGCUUGAAAGAACGCGGAGAACGUCUGGUAUUAAUCCAGAUGGCGCAGAGGGUGUGAACUUCGAUGAUACCUCGUGGAGCGAAAUUCCACCUUCACCCUCAAGGGAGACAUGCGAUGGUGAGCAGCUGCGCGGACGAUCUCACAGGUGCAGUUCAUCUAGCUUUAGGAACCCAAAGGUCGUUGUGGACAAGCAGCCACCUGUUAAUACGCGGAAGCGUCGGGCCCCACCAUCUUUACCGCCUAUGGCAAGACAGAAACGAACAAAAAUCAAAGACAAAACGAGUGACAUACCUGCGGCGCCGAAACCGCCAAAGCCGAGAUCCGCAUUCUCUGCUCGAGCCAGAAUAAGGCGAUGA